CCGCAGCGAGCUGGCGGGGCUCGGCGCGGCGGUCCCUGAAGAUGGCGGCGGCGGAGCCGGGCGCUGCUCCGGGCAGCGGGAGCUGCGCUCCAGCGGGCGGCGGCUCUGUGCCCGUCCUUUUUUGCUUCUCGGUUUUCGCGCGGCCCUCCAGUGUGCCCCACGGCGCCGGCUACGAGCUGCUGAUCCAGAAGUUCCUUAGCCUCUACGGGGACCAGAUAGACAUGCACCGUAAGUUCGUGGUGCAGCUCUUCGCCGAGGAGUGGAGCCAGUACAUCGACCUGCCGAAGGGCUUCCUGGUCAACGAGCGCUGCAAGGUGCGCCUGGUCCCGCUGCAGAUCCAGAUUACUACUUUGGGCAACUUGACACCCUCAAGCACUGUUUUUUUCUGCUGUGACAUGCAAGAGCGAUUCCGGCCUGCUAUCAAAUACUUUGGUGAUAUCAUCAGCGUGGGCCAACGACUGCUCCAAGGUGCACGGCUCUUGGGAAUUCCAGUUAUUGUCACUGAACAGUAUCCUAAAGGUCUUGGCAGCACUGUGCAAGAAAUUGAUUUAACAGGAGCUAAACUUGUGCUUCCCAAGACAAAAUUUUCAAUGGUGCUGCCAGAAGUUGAAGCAGCAUUAGCAGAGAUCCCUGGCGUCCGGAGUAUUGUCCUCUUUGGAGUAGAGACUCAUGUCUGUAUCCAGCAAACAGCAUUGGAAUUAAUUGGCAGAGGUCUGGAAGUUCAUAUUGUAGCUGACGCCACCUCUUCAAGAAGUAUGAUGGACAGAAUGUUUGCUCUUGAACGUCUUGCACGUACUGGAAUUAUAGUUACUACUAGCGAAGCGAUAUUGCUGCAGCUGGUAGCUGAUAAAGAACAUCCGAAAUUCAAAGAAAUUCAAAAUCUCAUUAAGGCAAGUGCCCCUGAGUCAGGGCUCCUUUCCAAAGUUUAAAGCAGGUAUGGAGGAAGCAGAUCUCACUGUCCUCUUUACAGAGGAAGGAAGGCUAUAAGUGCACACAUAUAUGUUCUUUCACUCGAAGUCUGGUAGGAGUGUAAAAAUAAAAAUUUACAUACUUGUACUUGCCUUAGUAAAAUUGUCUGGUUAUAUGUCUGGGUGCAAGUGUGUUCUGUUUAGUUACAGCUGUCAGAAGUUUCAGGUAUCAUAGGACCCUUUUGUUGUCAAAUUUCUUUAUUUAAAAAAAUAAAUUAACAGAGGUGCCUGCUA